AUGGACCGUGCAGAAGAGUGUUGUCGGUUUGAGCUUGCUACGAGCCUUUUAGAUCGUAAGCAGUGUGCUGAGGAGCCAGAGGAUGUAGACCCUGAUGUCGACGAUGAUGUUGACACGUAUGGCAUUUCCCCCAAACCACAGCAGCCUAGACAUAUGUGUCCAAUCAUGAACUAUUUUGCUAUCGCCAGAGCUCUCUGGUGCAGAGAUGAGAAUUCAGUUCCUGUUCCAUUGCGCUCAUUUAGUGUUAGAUGCACAGCCUUCGAUCUUGGGUAUGAUCCGUCCAUCAGGAGUAUCACUGUCGACGGAGUCACUUGUGAGGAUACUCAUGGACAUCAGCACAUUCAUGCCAUAGGUGGCCCAAGGAGAGCUGGACCUACGGCUGACCUUCCUUUCAACAAAAUUCAAGUCUGGUUCAAGAUUUGCUUGCAAGAGACAGACUUCCACAACACUCACACCAUCAAACCUGCUUAG